GCAAAAUGGGUUCGGGUCGACCCGACGGAGGGUCGGCUAAAGAACGUUUGAAAUGGACCCAGGAGCUUCAUGAACUGUUUGAGAGGUCUGUCAACCAGCUUGGUGGCCCUGAUAGGGCUACACCGAAGGGCAUACUUAGAGCUAUGGGGGUAAAGGGGCUUACAAUCUUCCAUGUCAAAAGUCACUUACAGAAGUAUAGGAUGUUGAAAUUCAUUCCAGAAUCUUCCAACAGGGGAAAAUACGAGAAGCGAAGUGUUUCUGAAAUACUACCCAACUUCAGCGUCACCUCAGGUGCUCAGCUCAACGAAGCAUUACAAUUGUACAAACAAGUCCAGAUGCGUUUGAAUGAUCAGAAUGAGGUUCAAAGAAGUUUAAAAACGAAGAUUGAAGCUCAAGGAAGAUACCUAGAUAGGAUCAAAGACGAAAACAGAGUCUCGAAAACAGUCAAGCUGAAUUCCCCGACGUGUCUUCCUUCUCUCUGCGACGAGGAAGAAUCCGAAGAGGACGAAGAAGAAGAGUUUGAAGGUGCUGCGAAGAGGCGGAAGAAAGCGGAAGUGUCGAAAAACUCGGAAAACGAAUCAUCUUUUUCUUGGAGUACAGCUCUCUCAGCCUGCCAAUCUCCCUUCAUCCUUCCUUCUUUGUUCAACUCUUUCAUCAACUAGUAAUAA